AUGAAAUAUAGCUCAUUGGAAUCGUCCGAACAUGACGAAUCUAAUGGUAGUAAAAUCGUAUUUCUAGGAUUAAUACCUGUCUCUUAUACACAUCUAGAUGUCAAACAGUUAGAGAUAAAGUUAGUAAAAGUUAAAGGUCAUUCAGGAGUCAAAGGUAAUGAAGAAGCAGAUAGGGUGGCAAAAAAUGACACAAAAAAACCAAUUUGCAUUAAUAUUAAAGAUUCACAACAAAAAGAUUUAAUAUAUAACAUUUAUUGGGAUGUAAAAGUUGCAUAUCCUCGAGUUUCAACACCUAACUUACCAUCUAAACAAUUUGAAUAUAUUCAAGAAACAAAUAAUGAACUAAUCAAUGAAUAUGAAACAAUUAAUCUAGAAGAAAUAGUGCAAACAAUUUCAUUCAAUCUUGUAAUAAAACCUUUUAAUAGUGCGGCAUUACCAUCAAAAUGGAUGGAAAUAGAAGUAUUAUCAUUAGAUGAUAUUCUCGUUGAUGUUCAUCAUUACGUUAAGAAAUUAAUUGGUGAUGAUGAAAUCAUACAUUUGGAUUAUCUGAUUACAUUUAAGCCAGAAAAAAUUGCAGUAUUUGGGACACAAUUAGUAGAUAUGCAAGAUUACAAAAAAUUUUUUUCAGAUUACAAAAAAUUAUCAGAUGGGAAAAAAAACAUGACAAUUAUGGUGUCUUUAAAGAAGAAAAAGAAGAUAGACAAACAAUCAAAAAGAAAGAGAGGUUUAGUGUUAGAUUCUGAAGAAUCUGGAACAGCUCCUUCUCUUGAUGAAUUCUUUGCCAAAUUGGAUGGAUCUGAUAGUACUGGAGAAUUUGCUAGUUUUAAAAAAAUAUUUGAAGAUGAACGUAUUUCUGUGAGUCAAAUUUAUGAUCUUACUGAUACUGAAUUUGACCAAUUAGAAGUGAAGAAAAUUGGGUGGCGCUAAAGUUGCUUGCCGAAAUCUAGGGUUUAGACAAGAUGGCAUUUCACCAAAAAGCGAAAUUCUGCCGAAACUAUAUUAAAGUUAUAUUAAAAAACUGGCGAAACUUUGGAGAAAAGUGAAACUGCCGAAACUUAUUAUAAAUGCCGAAACUGCUGAAACUCUGCCGAAACUAUAAUAAAUCUAUAGUAAAAUUUUGAUGAAACUAAUCGUAAGAUUUUGAAGAGGUUUAGACAAGCAACCUUAGGUGGCGCAAAGCAAUUAGAGCUGCAGUACAACAUUAUAAUAGAUAAAUAAUAAUAAUUAGUAAUAUGUUAUAUUUCAAGUUUAAUUUUCUAAUUUUACAAUAAUGAUAAUAAAAAAUCAAUUUGCAAUUAUCAAUUAUUAAAUUUUUUUUAUUUGAAUUUAUACAUUUCUAUAUA